AUGUUCUCCCGCAACCGCUGCAAUGGACAGGAUGGCACAGGUGUCCCUCAAUAUCCCCGACCCAAAAAGAAAACUUCAGCGCCAAAGAGAAGGCAGCCUAAUCCCAAAGUUGCUCUGGUGUUGCGUGGGAAAAUUCAUCGUUUCUUGCAGGGAUCUGCAGAUCAUUCUGUCCAGCCUUCAGGUCUUUACUGUGCUGGAAUUGAAGAAGAGGAUGAAGAGGGGGAAGAGGAUGUUGAAAAGCUGCAGAGCUACUACAGGAGAGGAUUAGCUUCAGCAGAGGUCUGCUGCUCACCUCAGGUGCCAAAUGGACAUGGGCUGGGAGUGGUUUCUGGGGCAGCUUGUGUUGGGGAAGUGGAGCUAAAUCGAGAAGGAGGCAUCAGAAUUCCUUGCACUUUGCAGCACAACAGUAAUUCUACAGUAGCUCAAAACCAAAUGACCCAGAUUUGUGGAGGGAAUAAUGAAGACUAUAAAGAGGAAGAAUCAAGUGCUAUCGUUGAGCACAUUCUGAAGGAAUUGAGAGGGAUCAAUAAAAUUCAAGAGGAGAUUUCAGACUUGAGGGAGUACCUGUCAUCUGUUCAUGGCUCUGUCGAGGAGGUCUCUAGCUGUGUAGAUGCUGUCCUAAUGGAGAUCGAAUGCAUGCGUUCUGGAAACAAAUCUGGUGUCAAUACUUGGCCAGGAGCAAUGAGUGGCACUGAGGAAUAUCAAGUCGUAGAUGGAAGCACAAAGAGGCACCAAGGCAGUGCAAGGAGAAGGAAGCUUAGCUUCGGUUACCUUGAGCGCCAGGAUGGACAGGACUGUCCGAGCACCAGUUCUCUGUCUUCGGGUCAGAGUUCCAAGUCUGAAUCUGAUCCAGAAAAACCAACUUUGGACAUGGCAAAGCAGGGGGUGAAACCAGGCUCUGCUGAUGACAGUAAUGUGACGUUUAAUGUGAAAAAGUUUGGUAGAGCAGUUCUUGAUUUCAAAACUGCCUUGCGAGGAGCUCUGAAGAAGAUGGAUGGAGCUACUGCUACUACGCCUGGUGAAAGGGUCGAAGUCCAUACACAGAUCUCCCCAUGUGAGGAACCACAAGGAAUGAAGAGGAGCAAAGAACACUGCAGGGGAAACGCAGCCUCCACCGAGUCCUCUACAGAAGGAAGUAGUGAAGCAGAGCUUAGUCAGCGGGAUGCACGUCGUCUGAAGUGCCUCAGAAGUUUCCAGCAGAUCCUAAGGGAGAAGAGAGAGUCCAGAAGACAACUCAGUAUAGGGACCAUGUCAACAUUUUCUGAAGAUGAUUUGAACCCAGAUGGAAGCCAGGAUGAAGAUCAGAAUAUCAAUGGAGACUAUAACAAACAUCCGUGGGCCAAAGCUGGGGGAGGAGGAAUAUUUGGCAUUGAUAGCAUGCCUGACCUUAGGAAGAAGAAGCCUAUCCCCUUGGUUAGCGAUGUGGCCAUGUCUCUUGUGCAGUCCAGGAAAGCAGGGAUCUCUCAUGCAUUAGCUGCACGCUCUUCACUGAAGGACGAAGAACUGAAGAAUCACGUGUACAAGAAGACCCUCCAGGCUCUGAUUUACCCUAUUUCUUGCACGACACCCCAUAACUUUGAAGUGUGGACGGCCACCACGCCUACCUACUGCUACGAGUGUGAGGGUUUGUUGUGGGGCAUCGCGCGGCAGGGCAUGCGCUGCUCAGAGUGUGGAGUCAAAUGCCACGAAAAAUGCCAGGAGCUUUUCAACGCAGACUGUUUACAGAGAGCUGCUGAGAAGAGCUCCAAAACCGGAGCAGAGGACAGAACCCAGCACAUCAUAUCAGCCAUGAAGGACCGCAUGAAGAUCCGAGAGAGGAACAGGCCUGAAAUAUUUGAAAUGAUAAGGCUUGUGUUCAAUAUGACUAAACUGAACCAUGCUCAGCAGAUGAAGGCCAUCAAACAGACUGUGCUUGACGGAACAUCAAAGUGGUCUGCCAAAAUCUCCAUCACGGUGGUGAGCGCUCAGGGCCUGCAGGCUAAAGACAGAACUGGUUCCAGUGAUCCGUAUGUGACCGUUCAGGUUGGCAAGACUAAGAAGAGAACCAAAACCAUCUACGGUAACCUUAACCCUGUGUGGGAGGAGACGUUCAAUUUUGAGUGUCACAAUUCAUCUGACCGCAUUAAACUGCGUGUGUGGGAUGAAGAUGACGAUAUAAAGUCUCGUGUGAAGCAGCGUCUGAAGAGAGAAUCUGAUGACUUUUUGGGUCAGAGCAUAAUUGAGGUCCGAACCCUCAGCGGAGAAAUGGAUGUCUGGUACAACCUCGAAAAACGCACAGACAAGUCAGCGGUAUCAGGGGCCAUCAGACUGCAGAUAAGUGUGGAAAUUAAAGGGGAAGAGAAAGUGGCCCCUUAUCAUGUUCAGUACACAUGUUUGCACGAGAAUAUUUUUCACUUUGUGACAGACGUUGAAGGUCAAGGUGUGGUGAAGUUGCCCACGGCACGAGGAGAUGAUGCCUGGAAGGUCUACUUUGAUGAGCUUGCUCAGGAUAUCGUAGACGAAUUUGCCAUGCGCUACGGAAUAGAAUCCAUCUAUCAGGCCAUGACGCAUUUUGCAUGUCUUUCCUAUAAAUACAUGCUGUCUGGUAUUCCUGCGGUAAUGAGCACACUCCUGGCCAACAUCAACGCAUUCUACGCUCAUCCCACCUCAGUCACCAACGUCUCCGCCUGUGACCGCUUCACUGCCUCCAACUUUGGGAAAGAUCGCUUUGUUAGACUGCUGGAUCAGCUCCAUAACUCUCUCCGAAUUGACCUGUCAACAUACAGAAAUAAUUUUCCAGCCAGCAGUAAACCACGUCUAGCAGAUCUCAAAUCCACUGUGGAUUUGCUGACCAGCAUUACAUUCUUCAGACUGAAGGUUCUGGAGCUGCAGUCUCCCCCGCGUGCCGCCCAUGUGGUCAGGGACUGUGUGAAAGCAUGCCUCAACUCCACAUAUGAGUACAUCUUUAACAACUGCCAGGAGCUGUACAACAGACAGUUCCAGCCGGCCGUGGAGCCUAAACCACAAGAAAAGAAAGAGGGAGAAGAGGGUGAAGAAGAGGAAGAAAAGAAGGAUGAGAAGGAGGAGGAGAAUGCUGCUGUAGAGGAACCAGGACCAAGCAUACAGAAUUUGGACUUUUGGCCCAAACUCAUCACCUUAAUAGUUUCCAUCAUAGAGGAGGACAGGAACUCCUACAGCUCGAUCAUAAAUCAGUUUCCUCAAGAGCUGAAUGUGGGGAAUGUCAGUGCUGAGGUCAUGUGGACACUUUUUGCUCAGGACAUGAAGUAUGCACUGGAAGUUCUUUAUCAUAUCGUCUACAAACAUGGGAAGCAUGCACCUGCCACAUUCCAUAUUCGCAGACUUGAUUUUUAUGCUGAGCAUGAGAAGCUGAGGUUGUGUAAAAGUGCGGACUACAUGAAUCUGCAUUUCAAAGUCAAAUGGCUCUACAACGAAUACGUCCAUGACCUGCCCGCCUUCUCCAACACCGUCCCAGAGUACCCAUCGUGGUUUCUGCCAUUUGUUCUCCAGUGGCUGGCUGAGAAUGAGGAAGUGUCGAUGGAGUUUAUGCAUGGAGCCCUUGAGAGGGAUAAAAGAGAGGGGUUCCAGCAGACAUCUGAGCAUGCUCUGUUCUCCUGUUCGGUCGUGGACAUCUUCACUCAGCUCAACCAAAGCUUUGAAAUCAUUAAGAAACUAGACUGUCCUGAUCCUGCGGUGGUUGCCCAGUACAAUCGACGAUUUGCCAAGACUAUCACCAAAGUGCUUCUGCAGUAUUGUGCUAUUCUAACCAAGAGUUUCCCCUCGUACUGUGAGAAAGAAAAGACGCCCUGUGUGUUGAUGAACAACGUUCAACAGAUGCGUGUGAUGUUGGAGAAGAUGUUCGAGUCUAUGGGAGCCAAACAGUAUACUGUUGAGGAAGAGCGGCUGGAGAAUGAGGAGGAGCCUGAGGACGAUGAGGAGGAGGCCAUCACUGAUGAUGAAGGCAAUGAGUCGGAUGAAUCAGAUGCUAAGUCUGGCAUUUCGGAUUCAGAAGGAUCAGAGCUUGUCAGGCAGAAGUCUGUUGCUAAGAAAGAAAAGGGGGAAAAGAAGGACAAAGAGAAGGAGGAUGAGAACACGACCACAGAGGUGGGUGAUGGAGCUGAGCCCAAAGAUGAGGGAAAAGAGAAAGAGGCAACAGUCAACACAAAAAAGCUCGACUCGGAGGCUGCAGAUAUCCUCAAUGACCUGCAAGGGAAGCUUAAUUCUGUUCUGGAAAACCUGAGUGGCAUGUUUGCCAAGAGUUUCCAGGCCCGUGUGAAUGCAUGCGUGCGGCAGAUGGCGGAGAUCCUGUAUCAGAUUAAAGGACCUCUGAAUCAGAACACACGUAACACAGCGGAGGCUGAUGCAGACAACGCUCUGCGGCCGCUUAUGGAGUUCUCGACACAAAGUCAACUCAGCAUCUUUGCGGACAUCUGUGACAAGACUGUGUUGAAGCGUGUGCUAAAGGACCUCUGGAGGACGGUUCUGAUCUGCAUGGAGAAAACGAUUGUGUUACCUCAGAGCAGCGACAGUAUA